AUGUCGCAGCCGCACGGCGUGUUCAGAGAGGAUAUUGAUGGCUACACAGGCCCCUUGAUUCAUCUGGAAUUUGAAAAAGACGCCAGCCACAUAUUUUGCAAGGCUCACCCUGUGCCGCUUGCCAUGCAGAGGCCUAUAGAAGAUGAACUUGGCUGUCUGCAACAUCAGGGCAUCCUCUCACCAAUACAUCACUCCGACUGGGUGACACCACAGGUGCCUGUUCGGAAAAAUGACGGAACGUUGUGUUUGUGUAGUGACUACAGGAGUACUGUUAACGCUGUGGCGAAGAAGGCCUUAUACCCUCUUCCAACUACAGCAGAGGUGUUCGCGAACUUGCGCGGCGGAACACUUUUCUCGACGUUGGAUUUGUACCAAGCCUACCAGCAGCUGAUAGUCGACGACGAAACAGCAGUGCUCCUCACAGUGAACACGACCAAGGAACUGUUUAGAGUGAAUGGGCUUCCGAUCAGAGUAUCCACCGAACCUGCCAUCUUCCAACGUAUGAUGGAGGUAACACUGGCCGGCAUUCCGGGGGUGAGUGUCUACCUUGAUGAUGCUAGUAAUCACGGAUAUUGGCUGGAGCAGGUAUUAGCGAGGCUAAGUGAGAGAGACCGACGCCUAAGAAAGAACAAGUGCCACUUUGGCAUCACGUUAGUUGAGCUCUUGGGAUACCGAAUAGAUGCCAACGGGGUGCACGCCACCGAAAGCAAAAUGAAGACCAUACUUCGGGCACCCAAAACAACUGACAAAACAUCUCUUCGAGCAUUUCUUGGGCUAAUCUCGUUCUAG